AUGAUGGAACCACUUAGAUUAACAGCAUUGCCAGCAAAAGAAGUACCAAUGCGUCAAGCUAGAUUCGAACCAUACGUUGAUAACGGAGGAACUGUUCUUGCAAUUGCUGGUAGCGAUUAUUGUGUUAUUGCAGGUGAUACUCGUAUGAGCGAUGGUGGAUAUGGUAUUCAAACUCGUCAAUAUACAAAGAUUUUCCAAUUGACAAAUAAAUGUGUUAUUGCAACAUCAGGUAUGCAAGCAGAUACAUUGGCAUUGCGUAAACGUUUGGAAACAGUAUUGAGUCGUUAUCAAAAGGAACACGGUAAGCCAAUGAGCACUCCAGCCAUUUCACAAUAUCUAUCGAAUACAUUAUAUCAGAAGCGUUUCUUCCCAUACUAUACAUUCAAUUUGGUAUGUGGUGUCGACGAAGAUGGUGUAGGUUGCAUCUGGACAUACGAUGCUGUUGGUUCACACGAACGUGUAAAGAUGUCAUCACAAGGUUCCGGUAAUCAAUUAGUUCAACCAUUAUUAGAUAAUCAAGUUGGUAAAUUUAAUCAGAGAAUCGUUGAUGGUCCAAGAGAGUUGUCAAGUGAGCAAGCUGUUUCUUUGGCCAAGGAUGCGAUCACAUCUGCUGGUGAAAGAGAUAUCUAUACUGGUGACUUUGCUGACAUCGUAGUCAUCAACAGCACAGGUGUACAUUGGGAGAAGUUUAACCUUAAAUUGGAUUAA